AUGGCGGAGAUGCGGUCACAUACCAAAACGGCGGGUUUGAAACUAUGUCAGAAAAACAUUUCCUCCGAGCUAUUAGCGAGUUCUCACAGAAAAAUGAGAGUGCUUGACUGUCGUCCUGAGAGCAAACAAGUCACCGAGCAUGUCGUGGAUGCCACAGGGAAAGAUUUUGAAGGGUUCCUUCAAGAUGUAUCGAAGACAUUUUCUGUUGCUGAAAAGGAAACCUUUGUUUUGACUACAACAGACCGCAGAGUAAUUGAUGACCACAUAUUUGAUGAGCUGGAUGAUGAAAUCACACUGCAGCUUCUGCGCACUGCAGACCAGGAGUUGCCGGCAGCCACCCAAGAGCACAUUUCAUACGUGCCCCACUACUACACGCUGGUGCAGAGUGGCAUGUAUGAGUACUACGCCAGCGAGGGCCAAAAGUCACUCCCCUACGCUUUUGCCGAGCUUGUUGACAAUUCUCUCUCAGCUACUGCCAACAAAGAAGGACUCCGGAACAUUGAUAUCCGUCUGUUGUUUGAUGAAAGCCAGGGUAAACAUGCAGUGGUGGUACGCGAUAAUGGCUGUGGGAUGACCUCAAAGCAGCUGAAUAACUGGGCCGUGUACAGGCUGUCCAAGUUCAAUCGGGACAACAGCACCUUCCACAGUGAUCACUCGGGGUACGUGCGGCCUGCUCCAGUCCCUCGGAGUCUCAACAGUGACAUCUCGUUUUUUGGCGUGGGAGGGAAGCAGGCGGUGUUCUACAUAGGCGAGUCUGCACGGAUAAUAACCAAGCCAGCAUCCUCCCCUGAUGUGCACGAGUUUGUCAUGUCCAAAGAAGACUUUGAGCGGAAGGAGAAGAACAAGGAGGACAUAUACUGCGGCGUGAUCAGGAACAGGAAGCCCGGGGACCAUGCCCAUAUUGUGGCCGAGGAGGAGCUCUAUCUGCAGGCGCUGAUCGCGGAGGAGGAAGGCAAAGAGAGUUUCACCGCCGUGGUCAUCACUGGUAUCCAGUCAGACCACAUCACCUACCUCAAACAGCAGUUUCAUUUGUGGACCAGAGAAUUGGCGCACAUCUAUCAUUAUUAUGUACAUGGUAUCCAUGGGAACGAUGUGAGACAAUCCUCUAAGAAUAUUGAAAGAGAGUCCGAUGUUGACAUUCAGAUCUCCCUGGUGGAGAAGUCUGGUAAACAGCCCCGUCUCGUGAACCUGCGCGACAUCGACAACGACAUGCAGACCCUCUACAUUAACUCCAGCUCGGCAUCCUUUGAGUUCCGGGCCCAGGCCCAGGGAGACGCCGUCGUAGAGGGGCUCAUUAGAUACCACCCGUUCCUGUACGACCGUGAGACCUACCCCCAGGACCCCUACGCCAGCCCAGAAGGUUUAUUGAGAAUGCAUGAUGAUGUUAGUAAUGGCAAUGGCAAUGAAAAGCCAGAACUACAAAACUACGAAAGCACUUCAGCAGGAGCACCCGAUGAAGAAGAUGAUGAGUCUUUAGUGUUAAACCCAGAGGGUCGGGGCAAAAGGCCUGUCUUUGAGUGUUUCUGGAAUGGCCGGCUGAUUCCUUACACCACUGUAUCUGAGUUUGAGUGGUGUGCCUGCUCGAAGAAAGCCGGUGCGGUGCCGGCAGAGUGUUAUAAUCGGAUGUCCGGUGUUCUGUUCACCAAUGACUGCUUCCCGGUCAGCACCAACAAGCUGACCUUCAUGGACCUGGAGCUGCAGCUGCGCGACAGGGAGACCAUCUUCACACGGGUCAUCAAUGGCCAGGACCAGAGAGUUAAGAUUCAACGGGAGUUCACUGCUUGGCUGAAGGAAUGCCAUGAGCGCUACGAUAAGCAGAUCAAAUUCAUGGGAUUCCAGGGUGUGACCUCCCGCUUAGAUGUCAGCACCAAAAAGCUCCAGCAUCCCUGGGCGCGGUUCAGCUCAAUCAAAUGGGAUGGCAAGAUGUACAAAGCUGGCCAACAUGUGAAGUCUGUGAAGACUCUUCCUGUGUUGUUCGGCACCAUAAAGGAGUUCCUGCUGUAUGGAGACCACGAGGCCGAUGUCUUCGCCACAGGGGGCUAUGUCCAGAUCGCCAUGCAACCAAAGGAGCUGUAUGAUGAAGUUCGAACUAUUCCUAUCUUCAAGAUUGACAGGCAGGCUACUGCAGCGAGUAUCAAGAGAAACAUUGAAGAUGAACUAGCCAAGCUACCCAUAGAACUGAAGAUUAUCUGGCCAGAAGGAAACCCAUGGUCAGACUAUGCAUCUAAGCCUGCUGGCACUCCAAUGGGGCCCAUCCAAGUGGAGAUCCUGAAUAAGAAAGGCGAGUCCAUCUCCAAGCUGCCCGUGUCCAGUAACGGUGCCGGCCGGAGGUUUCUCAUGGAGCUCAAAGUCAUUUGGCACUCCCCAAAAGGAGACAUCCAAACAAAUUCCCACAUAGGUGUGCACUCAGCCAAAUGGGACUACUGGUUUAGGAAGAUGGAAAAUCUGAACAAGCUGGGGAAGUACACGCUCCAUCUGCAGACCAUACUUAACGAGAACAACUCAAGUGUGUGGGCCGGGAAGCAGCUGCCUAGCUACACUCUCAACUUCACCUUAACAGAGGGAGAUGCUGAGACAUUCUCAGUAUGCGGCGUUUCCACUCCUGUCCAGGUGGGGGUGCCCUUCUCCCUCUCGAUGGAGCUCAAAGAUGAAUUUGGCCACCCGGCCCGCCCACCACCUGACCUCAAGCCAAAACUGGAAUGCAGCACCCUGGAGGUGACUCAUGAAGGCACUGCAGUCAAUGGAACCACAUUCACCAUCAAAGGUGUAAGAGCCAGAGGCUCAUUGAAAACCAAGGUGCACACAUUGAAGAUUGUAUUAGCAGGCCUCAGGCAUGACUCGCAGUCUGUGCAGAUGAGCAUGCUUCCAGGGCUUCCUCACACCCUGCGGGUGCACCCGGACGAGGAGCUGAUCACCGUGGAGAACAGGACGGCCGUGGGGUUCAAGGUGGAGGUGCUGGACGAGGCUGAGAACAUCACCACACACUCCAAACUCAUCGUGUGCUGCCAGUUUGUAGGCGUGCCAGAGGUGCCACUAGAGGCUGUGGACUGCAGCAACACAGGGGUGGGCCAGCUGCUGGGGAAAGCCCUCCAGCUGAAGAACAUCAGGACCCAGCGGCUCAUCACUGCCAAGUUUGACCUCCCUAAUCACCAGGGAGUGGCGUGUGUGGAGCGGAAGCUGUGUGUGCUGCCCAGUCGCAGCGUGUCCCGUGCGGAGGUGUACAGGGUUGAGACGCAGGGCGACGCUCCAAUGGUCAUCAUGAAUUUGGAGCGCAUCGAUUGGACUGCUGGGGACACGCUGGGAAGUCUCUUCUACAGACUGUACGACGAGGGAGAGCGAGAGAUUCCCAUCACCUCAGAGCUGUCUCAGAAAAUGAAGGUGAACUGGAGCGCCAACAUGAAGAGUGUCGAUGUGGCCCAGGGGCGUCUGCCCCCCGUCUGCGUGCCCACGCUGGCACAGGGCGAGCAGUUCUACCAGGUGGCAUUCAAGGGCCAGCCUUCAGUGGAGACCUCCUUCAUCAUAGUGCCUCGCCCAGAUGAGCCGGAGUGCCUGAAGGUGAUCUUGAUGGAGACGUCCGUCAGACUAGGAGAGACGCUAGCAGGAAACAUCAUUCUAGAGCUGACAGAUCAGUAUGGCAAUAAGACGGAGGCUUUGACUGCAGAAUCUGUCAAAACUAUCGAUGUGUCUGCUGAUGGGCUGGACAAAUCCUCUGUAGCCAUUAAGUGGCAGGACAGCACAAAGUCUGUGUGUGUGACUGGGUUGCGUUUCAUAAGUUGUGCCCCAGGGCAGAGAGAAGUGCGUUUUGCGUGGCAGCGCUAUGAGGAGUUUGUUCGCGUCCGCGUCGCCCCGGGACCUCCUGCCAAAAUCAUCAUUCAGGACGGCCCAGAAAUGCCACUGCAGGUGCUGAAUGGCCAUGGCGUGGACACGCCCUUUGUGCUCCAGCUCUGUGAUGAGUGGGGCAACCCUGCCCCAGACCAGCGCGUGGUCAUAUCAGUCAAGGGGCUGUCGGCACAACUCAAGGUUAAGGCAUCAGUGAUGUCACAACCUGUAGACUCGGAAGGGAAGGCCACCUUCACACUGACGCAGAUCACAGCACCAAAGGGGGAGUAUAAGAUGGAGUUCAGAGGGACCAUGAAUAGCAGCGGUAUAGCAGGUCCCUCAGUGCUGGUGAAUGUCAUGCCCGAUCCCUGUAAACCAGUCAAACUCGCAGUGGAGUACGACACCGGUGCAUUUCUUUUCGCGGGCGGGAAUUUUCCAGUGUUUACAGUAACAAUAGUAUCUGAAGAUGGAGGAGGGGUCAGGAACAUUAACCCAGGCAGUGUGUCCAUGUUGCUGUGGAAGGCUCAAGCCACUGGGCAACGCCCUCCACCGGAGGCAUCGACCCUCAAGUGCUGUAAACCUAAGAAGACCGAAAAGGAAGAGUGCUUCUAUUUCAGAGAUAAGGUUAUUCCAGAGCGUGUCGGAAAAUACACUAUCCAGUUUGUCCUCUCUGUAGACAAGACCAAAGCGAUUUGGAGUAACCAGCACAUCCUAAGCGUUGUUCCCAGCACGGGCGUUAAGCUGGUCCCCGAAUCUCCGCCUGCCACCCCUGUGGUCUCCAACAACGACGUCCUGGCCAAUCGGACGCUGCUGGAGAGCCUGUGUCUGAAGAUCAUGGAUGAGUAUAAUAACCCAGCGGGUGAAGGCUGUAAUGGACAGGUGUCCGUCUCACUGAAGAGCCAAUCAGACUGCAGCCAGAAAGACCUACCUCUGUUUGAAGGCAAAACCUCCAGCGCCACCUUCCCCCUGAAGGAUGGGGAGGCGCACAUUAAGGACCUGGCUCUGGCAGAGAACAGUCCUGGCCGUGACGGAACCGAGUACAUUUUAAUCUUCCAGGCAGACAUUCUGGAGCUGACACCCUUUGAGCUGCCCUUCAGAUUUUACAACGAUGUGGAGAACCAGAGACAGAUGUCAGCUCUGACCAAGAAGAAGGAUCGCCUAUCGGUCUCCAUUGAGGUUUACCACAGUCUGUUUGACACCAACAACCAGCUCAUCACUGAGCUAAAGGGUCAGCUUCAAGUUGCUGAAAGCAGAGAAAAGCAGCUUAAAUCUCAGAUCCAAAAAACUGGCAUUGGCAGCGCGCUUAGCACUAUGUCUGCAAUUGAUGCUCUGAUCCGUCAGAAGGAAGCAGAGAUGGUGAGCAUUAAGAGCCAGCCUCGCCGGUCAUGCAGCAUCCCCGACCCCUUCAGAACAAGCCCUGAUGUCCUGGGAAAGGUAGCCCACCUGGCCAAGGUGGACGAGGACGAUGCGGCCAAGGUCAUCUCCUGGCACCUCCUGGGUGACAUGGACUGUGUGGUCACCGUGACGACGGCAGCCGCGCGUAAGAUCUAUGGUGACACACAGGGCCGACAGCAGGUCAUGCCUCUGGAGACGGUAUUCUGGAAAAGUUCUGUUAGGCCGUUGCCCCACGUCAGAAAUGGCAUGAACACUUUCUCUCCGGUGGGAAAGCCUGUUUUCGCCCGAGACUUGCUCAUCUUUCCGCAGUAUGCAGACAAAUGCCAGAUGGUGUUUGGAAGCCUGUUGGGGGACACCAUUCUUAUCGAUGACCUUGACUCUGCCAACCAUUAUAGGAAGGGGGUGGUGCAGAGCAAAAUCCAGUGCCCCACACUGUUGACGCGGCAAGGGGACCGUAUCCGAAGCAACGGCAAGUUUGGCGGUCUGCAGAACAAAGCUCCUCCCAUUGAGAAGCUGAGGGGCCAUGUGUUUGGAGCGCCCCUCCCCAAAGAGUACUACACGGCCAGUAGUCACGCGGAGAUGCUGCAGCAGUAUCGCGCCGCUCUGGACAAGAGCCAAGAGGUGCAGGCGGAUUACGAUGCCCACGUGCAGUACCUGCAGAGCCCGGAGAUGAGGCAGAAGGAGCGGGAGCUCAAGGAGCAGACCAGUCAGCUCCAGGACAUUGAACAGGAACUGGCAAGCACUCCUGCCCGUACGCCACUGGUCUCUGCUGUGAAACGGGCCCAUUUGGAACAAGGGGAAAGCUCCAGAGCCCCGUCCAAGAGGGCCCGUCUCAAACCCUGCAGACUGCUUGAUUGAUAAGGAUAUUCUGCUUUUGGAAGUUCAGAAGAACGAGGAGUGUUAAUAAGCAUCACUUACGCACAAUUCCUUUUUUACUGGCUUUAUUUGUUUACAUUCGUUUUUAUUAUCCUGUUAAUUUUAUGGUAUUUAAAUGUUUAAUUUUAUGAAGUAUUUGUUUCUAUAGUGCUUUCUAAGAAAGAGCUUGACCUUGCUUUACUUAAUACUGCCGAAUUGAUACGUGGAUUCACAGAAAAGAGAAAUACGUUAUUGUAAUAUUAUUGAAUAGAACAUGCGGCCGAAAUGUCUGAACUGGAGUCGGUUUCUGUAAUGAACAGUAAUAAAGAGAGCAUUUGCAUCUUUCCAAAA